AAACGAUGAAAUGUAAUGUAUACAUUGGCACGUUUUUUUACAGGCGUGAGUUAUGAAGACGCUCUGAGGGAUGGCGUUCUGCUCUGCAUGCUCAUGAACAAAUUGCAGCCCGGCCUGAUCUCCAAGAUCAAUACAUCCGGUGGGGAUUACAAGAUGAUGGAUAACCUUAAUCAGUUCCAGAAAGCCUGUGUGAAAUAUGGAGUACCCGACGUUGAUCUCUUCCAAGCUGUCGACCUGAUUGAACGUAAAAAUAUUGCUCAAGUGACGAAUACCAUCUUCGCUAUCGGACGGACGACAUAUAAGCAUCCGGAAUGGCGUGGUCCCUGGCUGGGUCCGAAGCCAGCGGAGGAGAACAAGAGGGCCUUCACGGAGGAGCAGUUGAGGGCUGGCGAGGGACUCAUCGGCCUGCAAGCUGGUACUAAUAAGGGAGCUACACAAGCCGGACAAAACUUCGGGGCUACGAGAAAAAUACUUCUUGGAAAAUAAUUCAUAGAAUUUACACUUUUUUAUCGCCGUUAGAAAUAUUCUGUUUGUAUAACACGACCCUUUUAAAUGAAUAUAAUCGUAACGUAAAGUUAUUAGGAACGUUUCACAUUUAACUAUAUGUUCUGUGCUUUCGUAAAAGAACGAAUCAAGUUUUAUAAUUCUUUCAUGAUUAGAAGUCGUCAAUACAUUUGUCGCGCAGGAUAAAUUACGCGAAUGAAUAUCAACGCAUAAAUUAAUUAUUUUGUGUCCUUUAGCACGUCCACUUCUAACGAGUGUAUCCAACGAAAUGUAUUUUAUGGAAUAAUCAAUAUAUGACAGUGCAUCGAGAGAG